AUGCGGAGCGUCUGUGGGCGGCUCUCGUUGCAGUCUACUCGCAACUGCGGUACGUCCCACCCGACUCUCACUGCUGCUGCUCUUUGUCUAUCCCAUCGCUACCAGAGCAGCACUGGCUCAACUAUCAACGACACCCGUGCCUCCGGGCCGCAAGUAGCGUUUAGUAGCAAGACGGUGAAGCUAAAGUACGAGGAGGUGUGGCAGCUGUGGAAUGAAGGCAACCUCUUCUCGCUGCAGGUGGCGCAGAUGCGCGACUUUCUGGCUGACGCGGGCAUCGCUGUCGAUCCAGCAGCAAAGAAGGCGGCGGUAGUGCGACGUAUGGAGGAGUACCUGCACAGCAAAGACAGCGCCGAGCAGCGCGGCGGCGCCGCUGCCAUCGCGGGAGCGGCUCAAGGAACCGGCCAGGAGAGCGAGCAGAGCUACGGCAACUGGGCUGGCGCAGGCGCGAUGCAGCCGGAGAAGCUGCUGGAUUUGGCCCAGGCAGGCUUCUAUCAAGGAACGGCAAACAUGGUUCCCAAGGCAUUUCAGCUGCUCACGACGGGCAGCUGUGCCGAGGCCGUUGUCAGUCGCGUGAACACUUCCACCUUCCCGGGAUUCCCUGCCAACACAGAAUGCUACACCCUCUCCUCCUCGGAUGCGACCGGGGCCCUACAGACACGGUACAGCAAGGUGCUCCAAUGGUGUCUGCUAAACAUGAACAACCUCCGCAUGGAUGGCGAGCUUACCGUGGAGCUUGGAAAACUACUGCUCACCCCCGCGGCGAUGCGGUACGGAGAGGCUGUCGUGUCCGCCUACACGCUGCAGCAGCGCCUCCAGCUGACGAAGCCGUAUACAUGGAUCGCCGCGAUGCCGGAGAGCGCCGUUCCCCUUGUGGAGGCGUUCUUGAAGGAGCGUGGGUUCCAGCCCGUCAGCAAGAGCGCGCGCCUCACCUAUGAGGGCGGCAUCAAGCGUGCCAAGGACAAGCUGGAGGUGGUGCUGAACGAGCAGAUGAAGGUGGAGGGGGUGUAUGGGGAGUGGGUGGAUGUGCAGACAGCCUUCUGCACCUCUGUGGAGAAGCCGGACUGCCGCGUUCUGCUGCGCUCGCGCCCAGCCGUCAGCGCGCAGGACCGCGAGACGUACACCCGCGUCCCUGUGAUUGAGCUCGCCGAUGACGACGUGAGCGAUGUGCUGCCGCCGGAAAACGGCCAGCUCGUCUACCUGUCCGAGAACGAGACUCGUCACUUCGAGCGGCUGAACGACAAGGGCAUUGCCAUUGCUGUGCGAGAGACGAAGCGGCAGCCGCUCAUUGUGCUGCGGGACGAGGAAGAGGAUCCGCGGCUGGAGUACCAGAUUAGCGUCACCAUCCCGGCCAGCGCUGGCAGCCACUCCAUGGACGUUCGUGCUGUUGGCUUGGAGGUACUGGCCCUCUCGGUGGAGCUGUCAACUCUUCUGAAGGAACCCUUCAACGAGGCGUAUGGGUGCGCGCCUGCGCUCGACACCGGUAGCGUUGCCGCAACUGCAUAA